GAUAAUUGAAUCAAUUCAGUCUUGCUUCGAUCGCCACGAGAGGAGAAUACAUCAUCGCCACCACCAUGGACCACAAAGUGCAGUACGAUAUUGAAGGCAGAGUGCUUCCCGCUAGACAGGGUUGUCCUUCACUGCGAGUGGGUGUCGUUUGGCUAGUGCUGGUUGCCGCGCUGUUGGGUGGAUUCGCCGGAGCGUUCAUCUAUCAUCGACUCGCGGGUAAUUUCGUGCCAACGGAAGUCGACAACGUCGAGUCUCUCAACCCACGAUGGACGGAAACCAAAUUGGCGUUUGCGAAGGCAGAUGCCGAAUACUUGGUGGUGGUCAAACGCGAUGGACUGGUUUCCAAGCCGGAAAUGCAGAACCUGACCGAGUUUGGCAGUUGUAUACCGGCGGAGGAGAAAGAGAUGCUGCAAACAGUUGCCCCGGGCACGGUGUUCAUCAUGCGAUUGUACUACGACGGCGAAGAGCAAUGCAUUUUCGAUUUCCUGCACGAGGUGGAAGUGUUCAACGGGCGAAAUUCGGAAGACGAUGAAGAGCUUUUGGAAGCUUUGCUCAGUGGGUGAUCAGUUUUGGGAAGAGUUUGCGAGAGAAUGUGACGAUCAUUGAAAUCCAAAUGAUCUGAGCUCACGCAAGGAUUUGAUAGAGCUUUAUAGUAUUAUGCAGCCAGAAGUUGCUUAUUAGCUUAAUGUAACAAUCUUUCAGGAAAUAUAAAGUUUUGAAUAAAAAAAAUAAUCGUAA